AUGCAACAGCGGUUGCAAGCUCUAGAGAGAAUAGACAAAGGUGAAUCGGUCCAAAGUAUUUGUACAGAUUUGGGGGUUGGUAAAAGCACCGUGAAUGACUGGCGUCGAAACCGAAAAUCGAUCGAGGAUUUUUGUACGCAGAUUGAAUCGGAAAAAGCUCUUUCAUCACGUUGCACUUUAAAAAAACCUAAAAAUGAAUUGGUGAACGAUGCUCUUUGGGUGUGGUUUAUGCAGGAACGAAGAAGGGGAACGCCGAUCAGUGGCCCUAUCUUAAAGGAGAAGGCGGUUAUCUUACAUGGGAAACUUGGUGAGGAGGGGGAAUUUGUCGCAAGUGAGGGAUGGCUUUCCCGUUGGAAAAAAAGACACGGGGUACAUUUUCUUGGGGUGUGUGGCGAAAAGCUGUCGGCAGACCCUGCUGGUGCAGCUGAGUUUACAAAGAAAUUUGAGCAAAUUAUUGCUGAGAAUAACCUAAGCCCGGAACAGGUUUAUAAUAUCGAUGAAACAGGGCUGUACUAUAAACUCUUGCCACGGAAAACAUUUGCUGCAGCAACAGAAAUGUCUGCCCCUGGGUUUAAGGUCAGUAAAGAUAGGAUCACAGUGGCACUUUGCUCCAAUGCUUCAGGUACGCAUAAAUUGCCCCUUUUUGUAAUCGGAAAAUCAGCAAAACCGAGAGCAUUCAAAAACUUGGACGUAUCAAAACUACCAGUGUACUACCGGGCUCAGAAGUCUGCUUGGAUGGACUCGUAUUUGUUUAAAGAGUGGUUUAUUAGUGAGUUCGUGCCUAAAGUAAAAAGUCGUUUGAUGAGUUUAAAACUCCCUGUAAACGCACUUCUUGUUCUUGACAAUGCGCCUACCCAUCCGGAUGAGUUAGAAUGUGAUGGCGAGUCUGGAAUAAAACUGUACUACCUGCCCCCCAACGUAACAAGCCUCCAACAGCCAAUGGACCAAGGGGUAGUAGAGUGUUUCAAGAGAAAGUAUCGUCGAAAGCUUCUUUCAGAAGUUUUGUACAAACUGGAUAGCGACGAAAACACCGAUCUCAUCAAGGUUUUAAAGACAAUCAACAUGAAGGACGUGAUUUUCAUGGUAGCGAAGGCCUAUGACGAAGUACAACCUUCAACAUUAGUUAAGUCGUGGAGAAAGGUAUGGCCGAAUGUUGAAGAAGUUGUUGCAAGUGAAGGCAAUGUUGUUGAUGUGCACAGCCUUGAAAGUGAAGCAGACGACCAAGCUUACAUCCUAAAUAAUUUACAGCAAUUGCCUCACAGUGAAAAUGUUGAGCUUGAAGAUGUUUUGGAGUGGGUAUCUGUUGAAAAGGAGGUGGACAAUGAAAUUUUGAACGACGAAGAAAUCGCUCAAUCAGUUUUACAGCGUCAAGAAACCCAAGAAGGAGAAGAAGAAGAAGGUGGCGACCGUGAUGAGGACGACGAGUGUAAAAUGAGUCACGCAGAGGGAAUGGCAGCCCUGCAACUGGCUACAACCUACAUCGAACAGCAGACGAGUUCUACAGCAGUUGACUUAAUGCUUUUUAGAAAAUGGCGUGACUAUGCUAGAAAGAAAUCAACUGAAGAAAAGGUACAGCGAAAAAUUACUGAUUUCUUUUAA